AUGCCCAAUUUCAGGUUGAUUUGUCACACCAAGACCUGCCUGUCCCGCUCGAGAUACCGACAAGGACAACUAAGUAGUCUCAUGGGACAUCUGUCAAUCAAAUGCAUAAUACUCCGCGUACUCUGGGCCUCACGCACUGCGAUACGCCUCGAAGUUCGCACUGUGCUCGCCUACAAGUGCUACUGGGGAGAGAUGACGAUUACUGUCCCUGCUGAUUUUCCAGUCGAGAGCUUCGUGAGAUUAAGAGUUGAAACUUAUACAGAUGUCGCAGCAGCAACACUAUUGGUCUGGGACUACUUGCUUACGGUCAACUCGGAGAUCAAGCUCAUGUGGCCCUCGCGAUGGAACCUCGUCAAAGUUCUGUUCCUCUUGACAAGAUAUCUUCCGUUUGUCGACGUAACGCUUGUACUAUUUUAUCAACUAAAACCUAACAUAAGCGAGCGCAUUUGUCGCCUAACUUACAACCCAGCAGGCUGGCUAAUCGUCAUUGGCAUCAUGAUAGCGGAAAUUAUCCUUGUCGUCCGGACGUGGGCGAUAUGGGGACGAAGCAAACGAGUUGGUAUCGCACUGGCUCUCUGUUGCGUUGCGGCUGCUACGCCUGUCUUGUACAUCGAGAACGUCUUCUUAGACUCCCUCGUCUUCUCUCCUUAUCCAUCUCGCGCUACGCCAGGAUGCCUUCUGACCGCAGGAAACCCAAUCAUUGCUGCCAGUUUCGUGAUUGUGAUCAUCUUCGAGACGCUUCUCCUCAUCCUAACCUUAAUCAAAGGGGUACAACACUAUAGAGUGGCCGGAGGAAGGGGGUUUGUUUCAGUGCUGUAUCGGGACGGUAUCCUUUUCUAUGUUUAUCUCUUCGGUAUUUCGGUUGUGAACCUCAUCGUUAUUAUUGCGGCCCCACGUGAUCUCGCCAAUUUACUCGCAAUCCUUCAGCGCGUGCUGCAUUCAGCAUUAAGUGCACGAGUGCUUAUGAAUCUACGAGAAGCAAAUAGACGAGAGACAACUCUGUCUACCACAGGCGAUACACCACUCCAACAUCUCACUUUUCCCCAAACACGCACUUCUGAGGAAGAGAGGCGAUCAUUGCAGGGUAGGCUCAACGGGGUAGUCAUCGAGAUAUCUUCACCUUGA